UUGCUUCUUCAUCUUCCCCCACCUCACUCAGCAGCUGAAAACGCGUUCACAGCAACGAUCAUCAGACAAUCUCUCUCUUCCGUAGUUGCAGCGACCAAUGGCUUGUGCGAUGGCAACAGCAUGCCCCUCUUCUUCUUCGAUUCCGGCGCCGAACAGAGUCGGGGCUCACUCCAGGGGGAGUGCGCCGUGCUCGGCGUUCUUUCCAUCUUCAGCGCACAAGGUGAGAAGGCCUUGCAGGAUGUCCACUGUUAGGGCUCAGGCCACCGGAGAUAACAAGGACACGGCGGUUGACGUCCAUGUCCAGGGCAACCAGCCACAGCAGCAGCAAGACACAGCCGUGGAGCGCCGGCCCCGGCGUCUGGCUGUCGAUGUCUCUCCAUUUGGUUUACUGGAUCCUCUGUCACCGAUGAGGACGGUGCGCCAAAUGCUGGAAACAAUGGACCGAAUGUUCGAGGACGCCUGGACGUUCCCCGGAAGCGGCCGUUCUGCGGCCGCAGCUGCCCCGGUGCGUGCGCCGUGGGAUGUCAAAGACGAGGAAAACGAGAUCAAGAUGAGGUUCGAUCUGCCUGGACUCUCCAAAGAAGAUGUGAAGAUCUCCGUUGAGGAAGACGUGCUAGUGAUUAAAGGCGAGCACAAGGAAGAAAGCGGUGAGGAUUCGUGGUCGGGAAAGAGCUACAGCUCCUACGACACUCGCCUCAGACUCCCCGAUAACUGCGAGAAGGAUAAGAUAAAGGCGGAGCUGAAGAACGGAGUUCUGAUGAUUUCCAUUCCCAAGGCCAAGGUCGAGAAGAAGGUGAUCGAUGUGCAGAUUCAGUGAAAGGGCUUGCCGUACCGUACUAGUUCCGAAUCAAAUAAUGUGGGUAUUUUAUCUGCUUUCUUGUGUACUGUAUGUAUAGCAAUGGUGCAAAAUACAAAUCGAAUGUAUGUUUGAGAAUCGAAUCAGGUUUGCGGUAUACUAGCGGGUAGGUAUCGUCCAGAAAAGAAGCAAGGAGCUUGUUUGUAACUGCAAACACUUUGUUUUGCCCUCUCUUUUUUAAGAGACCAUUUAUGCUCGCUUGGUUAAA